AUGCUGCCUCAGGGGCGCAACGGCACCUCGCACCGGGCGCGGUCCGGGCAGCAGCAGCUGGCGCAGGGAGGCGCCGUGGGGGACUCGGAGGGGUCGACGCUGCCGGGGCCAGGGCAGGUGGUCACCGCCGGCCUCCUGACCCUGCUCAUCGUCUGGACCCUGCUGGGCAACGUGCUGGUGUGCGCGGCCGUCCUGUGCAGCCGCCACCUGCGCGCCAAGAUGACCAACGUGUUCAUCGUAUCUCUCGCGGUGUCCGACCUCUUCGUGGCGCUGCUGGUCAUGCCCUGGAAGGCGGUGGCCGAGGUGGCGGGUUACUGGCCUUUUGGGGCCUUCUGCGACAUCUGGGUGGCCUUUGACAUCAUGUGUUCCACCGCCUCCAUCCUGAACCUAUGCAUCAUCAGCGUGGACCGCUACUGGGCCAUUUCCAGACCCUUCUGCUACGAGCGCAAGAUGACCCAGCAUGUGGCCUUGGUCAUGGUCGGCCUGGCGUGGACCUUGUCCAUCCUCAUCUCCUUCAUCCCAGUCCAGCUCCAUUGGCACAGGGACAAAGUGGGCUCCAGGGGUGGGCUGGACCCUCCAUCCAACCUGGCCAACGGGACGCCUUGGGAGGAAGCCGGGGAGUCGGAUAGGAGUGCGGAGAACUGCGACUCCAGCCUGAACCGAACUUACGCCAUCUCGUCCUCGCUCAUCAGCUUCUACAUCCCGGUGGCCAUCAUGAUCGUGACUUAUACGCGCAUCUACCGCAUCGCUCGGGUGCAGAUCCGUAGGAUCUCCUCCCUGGAGAGGGCCGCGGAGCACGCGCAGAGCUGCCGCAGCCGCGAGACCUGCGCGCCUGACACGCGCCUGCGGGCAUCCAUCAAGAAGGAGACCAAGGUCCUCAAAACCCUGUCGGUGAUCAUGGGGGUCUUCGUGUGCUGCUGGCUGCCCUUCUUCAUCCUUAACUGCAUGGUCCCCUUCUGCAGCGGACACCCCGAGAGCUUCCUCUGCGUCAGCGAGACCACCUUCGACGUCUUCGUCUGGUUCGGCUGGGCCAACUCCUCCCUCAACCCCAUCAUCUACGCCUUCAACGCUGACUUCCGGAAGGUGUUCGCCCAGCUGCUGGGGUGCAGUCUCCUGUGCUCCCGCACUCAGGUGGAGACGGUGAACAUCAGCAACGAGCUCCUCUCCUACAACCAGGACACCGCCUUCCCCCAGGAGAUCGCAGCUGCCUACAUCCAUCGGAUCCCCAACGCCGUGACCCCGGGGGACGCAGAGGUGGACAAGGAGGAGGAGGCAAGCCCUUUCGAUCGAAUGUCCCGAAUCUCUCAGACGUCCCGGGAGGGUGACCCUGCUGGCCAGUCGGUCUGGGAGCUGAGCUGCGAGGGGGAGAUUUCGUUGGGCAAAAUCACACCUUUCACCCCAAAUGGAUUCCAUUAA